AUGGAGCAAGAAAAACCGCAAAGUGAUGAGAUGGCGAUUUUGAUCGCAGAUUAUUUUAAGACGUCGCAUGGAGAGAGUUCUUUUUUGAAAAUUGCAUCAGAGCUAAAACUUUAUAUCGAUAUUUUUUACGUUGUUAAAUUAUUAGAAAGUGCUGAAAUUGAGAGACUCGACGAUUACAUAUCGCAUUUCACUGAUAUCUCAAAUAAUUGCGACAAGGAGCUUCUUUACGAGCUCCGUUUUUAUUUGAUGACUCAAUCUGCGUUGCGGAACGACCUGAUUAAUGGGCGGAAAUUUUACAAGAAAAUCGACGAGCUGGGGACUAUCCCAAACCCACAAAAACAUCGUCAAAAGUUUAUGUUGAUGUUUAACGAGAAAGGGACGAACGAGAGCGUAAGGAAACUCUGUGGUGACUAUUUAAACUACUGUACGACCACAUUGAAGGAGAAGGUCUUGAAUUUUCUGUAUGAGAGUCCUAACCUUUCCCGCUACUUGAAGUUUCCUGUUGUGGAGUCGAACAUCUUGAAGAAACGAGUCUCUGAUGGGAUCCGUUAUUCUCAUCUCAAGAAUUGUGGUCAGAAACAAGGCGAAACGGUCAAGGUUGUUUCUCUGAUGACGUGUCAACACACGCACGACUUUAAGCCAUUUAAGAUCAUCCCCGACGAUUUCAAUUUUGAAGUUGUGAGCGAUACAACAAAGAGUCAAGUCACGUGCGUCCAAUUUUUCAAGUCGGGGGUCUGUGUUGCCUUUUCUGAUGGCAGAAUUGGAUGGGCUGAGUUUUCGUCGGGCACUUUUGACAUUGUUGUGAGGGAAACCGGCCCCAUCGAACUCUUAGAAAUCUGCGAGCCAUUUUUGGCGUAUAAAAUUGGUGGGUAUGUGAGAGUAGUCAGCUGUACUGUUGGCGGAACAAAACUGAUUUUUGAGAAAGAUGUGCGGAAUGCGAAUGUGCAACAACUUGUUUUUGUCAACAAAACCGUCGACUUAGGAAUUCUUGCGGAGUCAGAAUUUGUUAUAUAUAACAUUUUUAACCGUGAGACUAUUUUAACGAUUGAAAAAGUCAUUGGAGUUGUUUCUCUUCACGACACACGGGAAAGCGUUAUUGUUUAUAAAACCUCGAUGAGUCGGUUAGUGAGUGAAUUUUCACGAUAUAAGUUGAUUGACGACGAGAAGCUCGGGAUCUUUGUCAAGACUGUUUUGAAUUCGAGUCUUGUGGUGUCUGAGGACAACAAGUACUUUAUUAAAACAACUGAUGGGGACAAUUUUGCGAACGUUGCGAAGGAUACAAUUCUGAGUGGGGGGAAAAGGUGUGUGUUUAUGCAAAACACGAGAAAAGACGUGUUUGCUGUUGACGAGAAACAAAGGACGCGACAACUUGGGUCAUGUGGGGAGAUUGUUGUAGCGGGUACGAACGGAGAUGUAUUUGUUGGUAUUGCAAAGGGUGAGGUGAUUGUUGCGUGGAAAAAGAAAUGGAAGUAUCGGAUUGACUGGUCUUUAAUACUGGAAUUUUCUCAUCCCCAACUAUUGAACGAAGGAGAGAGAACAGUGAAACAAGGUGAUGAGAGUAUUGGCCAAUUGAAAGAAAGAGUAAGUGGAAUGGAGAAAGUGACAGUUGAACGCAAUGAAGAGGUUCAAAUUGUAACAGAAAAAGUUGGCUUGAAAGAAGGCAUUCAACACAAUGCAGGCAGUCGGAAUGAACACAAGAACUUGAGCAAUUCUUUAGCAAAUCAAAUUUCUAUCAAUCAGCUAGCAACUCCAUCAACACCAACUGUCGUUCUAACAAAUCAAACACCUGGUGGUGUUGUAAUUCAAAAAGAACCACAAGUCGAAGUCAAACCAGAUACGUUGAAAAUUGUUGCGCCACCGUCUAAAAAUCUUCCACAGACAGUGGUGAAUGAGACACUUUCUCAUUCCAACAAAAUUGAAAGUGUAGCUCCACAAAAACGUGAACCGAGUCUCCCUGUUGUUCCUCUGUCAUCUCAGAUGCCCGUUAUUACCAUUGGAAAUGUCGAACUGAAAGUGUCGAAUAACCCAAUUGCGAAGAUCCCCAACAAUAUUCAUAUGGUUUACUACGACUCGACGAAGGGAUUUUUGGUUGUUGAGAGCACUCAGAAGGAUUUUUAUUUGUACAAGACAAACGACUCGCAAUACGAAUCAAUUGUGUUGACACAACCCCAAUGCAUAUCCUUUUCGGCACACCCCAUUUCUUGUGAGGACGUUUCAGUGUCGAUCACUGCAAACUGUGGGUAUGCUCUCUUUGGGUUGAAACACCAUUGCGAGCUGUAUCGAUGCAGCUCGUCGAAGAGAAUUUCGACGUUCGGCGACUCCCCGAACGAUGCGAUCACCGCGUUUUCUGUCUUUCCAAAGGACAACAACUUUAUCCUUGUCGGCAAUAGUAAAGGAGAAGUACUUGUGUAUCUGGCCAAUAAGAAGUUUCAAGUCUUUAAAAGUGGGGUGCUGAAGGGAGGCGCAGUUGUGUCAGUUGCAUAUUUGCCACAACAGAACAACGCGCCGUGCCAGUUUUUUGUUGCUACGGAGAGCGGGAGGAUUUAUUUGAUGACAUUUAGAAAAGAAAAGGGAAUACAAUUAUUACAGAGACAUCCCACACUUCGAGAAAGAAUAAAACGAAUUUUCACAGUCAAAGAAGGGGGGGUUUUGUACGCGAUUGGGGAAAACAAAGUGUUUAAAAUCACAACGGAUCGCAUGACCUCUGAAUCUAAGUCAUUUGAGAACAUCAAAGAUGCGGCGUUGAAUGAUAAAAAGCAGAUUCUCGUGAUGGACAAGAAUGGUAUGUAUAUCAUUGAUGGAGAAUUUGCAGAGAUGAAAAAGUGUUGUAUGACAAGAGGAAUUGGCGACAUAACUUCCAUAACAGGAGAAAGAGAGGCAUUUUUGAUUGGAACGAAUAGGGGAGAGGUAUACAGAACUUUUGUUGAGUGA